AGAGUUGGGACUUCACCUUUGGAUGCCAGGACACAGUGAAGACCACCGCGUUACAAUUGGCUAUGGACAGAAAAUCCUUCUUACUACCUCAGCUACGGUUCACUCAAUUGAGAUUCUCAAUGGAGGAAAGCUGGUGAUUGCUGACACCCCCCAAGCCAUCCUGCUGCGGGCCAAGCACAUUCUGAUAGGAGACAGAGGAGAGCUGCACAUUGGAAGUGCAUCCUGUCCCUAUCAGGGCAACCUGACCAUCUCCUUGUUUGGAAGGUUGGAUGACGGUGAUGAAGAACACAGCUACUUUGGGAGGAAAUACAUUGGAGUUGGAGCAGGAGGAACCCUGGAGAUGUUUGGUAGAAACAAGCUGGCCUGGACUUUCCUCAACCAGACCCUCCAUCCUAAUCAGAGCAGCAGGAGAACCGUCCUGUUCCAAAGAAGCUGGGGGAGCCGAGGCAUCAUUCUCCAUGUCAUCCACCCGGGUUCCUCAGAGGUGCUUCAUAGUGACAGGUUCGACACCUACCGCAGUAAGCAGGAGAGCCGCCGCCUUGCAAAGUUCAUCGAUGACGUGGAGGCGGGUCUCAUCCUGUCUUUGAUGAUCAAUGAUGAAGGUUCAAAUCAUCUGGAAGAAUCAGCCAAGUCGAGCUUAUCCAGGCUAGGCAGCCGCUUCAUCAGCAAGCUGGGAUUUCGAGAUCCUUGGACCUUCAUUGUCAGAAAAGGUUUUCCUUCUUCAGCUGUGGAGGAUCAUACAGUCUAUCAAGGAAUUAAGGCCACAUCGAAGGCAGAGAGCUCUUUCCAUUUCCAGCGAAGACCAGGAGAGCGCUUUACCAUCACCAGCAGCAGCCAGUGGAUUCAAGAAGCAGAGUGGUCUGACUGGUUUGAUCGGGACGAUGAAAGGGGAUCUGGAGACUGGGAGAAGCUCCAUGACCUGCAGCAAGCUCAUCCAGAGCAGCUGUGCCGCCGUCCUUUGGACAUCCAGGUCCAGACCCAGGAUGGAAUACCUUUCAACCAGACAGGAGAUGUCAUCCACAAGAUCAGCAAGGAGUUUGGAUUUGUCUGCCUGAACAAGGACCAGGUUCAUGGCCUGUGUCACAAUUACCAAGUCCGGUUCCUGUGUGGAAAACUGGUUCGUCCACAGGCAUCUCUUUCAAUCGAUGUGUCGACAUACAACACCAUCCUGGAGCUGAGCGAUAAGGUGGUGGGCUGGGGAAGUGGGGACCGAGUGGUUGUUGCCAGCACUGACUACUCCAUGCACCAAGCUGAGGAGUUUGUCCUGCUGCCCUGUCCUUCCUGCUUGCCCAACCAGGUGAAGGUCAAAGGAACCGCCCAGUUCCUCCACAUGGGUGAAGUGGUCGACGGGGUGGAUAUGAGGGCAGAGGUUGGUCUGCUGACACGUAACAUCCUCAUCCGAGGGGAAAUGGAGCCCACCUGCUACGGCCACCAGGCCUGCAAAUUCUUCCCCUUUGAUACCUUUGGGGGACACCUGAAGGUCCAGAGGGGCUUUAGAUCUGUUCAUCUGUCCGGUUUGGAGCUUCAGCACAUGGGUCAACAGAGCAUGGGUCACUAUCCCGUCCACUUUCACAUGAAUGGAGAUGUAGAUGAGCAAGGAGGCUACAACCCGCCAACAUUUAUCAGCCACCUAUCCAUCCACCACUCCUUCUCCAGAUGUGUCACCAUCCACGGCUCCAAUGGACUUCUGGUGAAGGACGUGGUGGGAUACGACACCUUGGGUCACUGUUUCUUCACAGAGGACGGAGCAGAGGAGAGAAACACUUUUCACCAUUGCCUGGGUCUGAUGGUGAGAGCAGGGACACUCCUGCCCUCUGACAGAGACAGCAAAAUGUGUCGCACCAUCACCGACGGAGCAUUCCCAGGAUACGUGGCUAACCCUCGCCAAGACUGCAGUGCAUCUUCAACCUUCUGGAUUGCCAACCCCAAUAAUAACCUCAUCAGUUGCGCUGCUGCAGGCUCAGAGGAAGCGGGUUUCUGGUUUAUUUUCCAUCAUGUUCCCACGGGCCCUUCAAGGGGCCUUUACUCUCCUGGACACACCGAGCACACGCCUAUGGGACAGUUCACCGACAACAGAGCCCAUUCCAACUACAGGGCUGGAAUGAUCCUUGAUAACGGAGUGAAGACUACAGAGGCCAGUCUGAAGGACAAGAGACCCUUCCUGUCUGUGGUUGGAGCCAGGUACAGUCCACACCAAGAUGCAGACAUCUUCAAACCCAGAGUUCCUGCCAUCAUCAGUCAUUUCAUAGCCUUCAAAAACCAGGAUCAUGGAGCGUGGCUGAGAGGAGGAGAUGUUUGGCUUGAUGGCUGCAAAUUUGCUGAUAACGGCAUUGGCCUCACCCUGGCAAGUGGAGGAACCUUUCCGGAUGAUGAUGGUUCUCAUCAGCAGGUCAAGAACUCACUUUUUGUUGGUGAGAGUCGUAAUCGUGGGAUGCUCCUUCUAGAUAGCAAGAGCUGGGGCCCAGGAGGCUCCGACCCUUCAGAAAGGACACUGCCCCGGGGCAUAGACUUCCCUAUCCGAGGCAUGCAGAUCUACGACGGGCCGAUCAGCGUCCACAACUGCACCUUCAGGAAGUUUGCGGCACUGAGCGGGCGGCAUACCAGUGCCUUUGGGUUCAGACUCAACAACUCAUGGCAGAGCUGCCCACAGAAUAACGUAACUGACAUCAUCUUUGAUCAGGUCCCUAUCACAUCCAGGGUGUUCUUUGGAGAACCAGGACCCUGGUUCCACAAGAUGCAGAUGGAUGGAGAUAAGACCACCAUCUUCCAUGAUGUGGACGGCUCCAUCAGUGAGUAUCCUGGAGCCUUCCUGGUUAAGGAAGACAACUGGCUGCUUCGUAACCCUGACUGCAUCGAUGUGCCUGACUGGAAGGCUGCCAUCUGCAGCGGCCGCUAUGCUCAGGUCUACAUCCAGGCACGGAAACCUGCCGACCUGAACAUCCACAUAGUGAGGAAUGAGUAUCCUGACAGGCCCCUGACACUAGAGGGCGCCUUAGGCAAGAGGAAACACUACCAGCAGUUCCAGCCUGUGGUCUCACUGGCCAAAGGUUACACCGUCCACUGGGACCAGGCUGCUCCUGCAGAGCUCACCAUCUGGAUCAUCAACUUCAACAAAAAUGACUGGAUCAGUCUGGGCCUCUGCUACCCACAAGGCUCCACCUUCACAAUCAUCGCUGACAUUCACAACCGCCUCACCAAAAAGACGCACAAGACCGGCACCUUUGUGAGGACAGCUCAGAAGGAGAAGAUCAGCCAAUCGCAGCCGAGCAGAGGCUACUACUACUGGGAGGAAGAAACCGGAUUACUCUUCUUGAAGUUGAGAUCCCAUCAUGAGAGGGAGCAAUUUGCCUUUUGCUCCAUGAAAGGCUGUGAAAGAGUGAAGAUCACGGCUACCAUUCCAGAGGGAAGUCCACCCAGUAACUGCUUGGGCAAGGCCUACCCUAAGCAUGCAGAGAUUCCCGUUAGCGAAGCAUUGAUGCCCACAAAGAUACCAAACAGUCAGCUAAAUUCAGCGGAUCACUUCCUGGAGGUCCAGCUGGUUUCCUACAGCGUUGGAUUUUUCCACGCCAAGGAGGACUUUGCUUUCACAGAGGUGAACGGCAGGAAGUGGUACCAACUAGAUGAUGGACUCCACCUGACUGUGGUUGAUGGAGGUGAUGGGAAGCUGGUGGAGAGCAGAGGCUUCAGGACGUCUGUCCUCCAAGAAGACUCUGCUGAGCUGGAAGCCUACGUCAAUGGACUGAAAGACGGCUCCAUCGUGCUCCUGACAUCCAAAGGCAAUCUGGUUCCUGGAGGAUCCUGGACCAAAGUCCUGGAAAAGCUUGGAGCAAAACCCAUCAGCAGUUUAAAAGAUAAGCUGGUGUUUGUGGGCUUCAAAGGUUUGUUCUACCCUGAAUGGGUCAAACUGGAGAUGAGCAACAAGAAAGCGAAGAUCCAUCAGGUCCUACCUGUUCCCACGGUAACCAAGAGGAAACUAUGACUCCCAGACCAGCAGGGCAGAGUCCCUGAAGAUGUUCCUGAUGUAGAAGCUGAAGAUGUGUGGAGGAGCUCCAACCAGAGCAGGACCCCCCAAGUUUAUCCCUGAAUGGUCCUCAGGCAUUGACCUGCGGCCCCCCAUGGCUGCUUUUAUUCUCAGGGCAUCACUUCUUUCCGUUUUUGGUUCAAGUCAAGGAAAAGCAAGAUUUCCCAAAGUCAGAAAAUCUACAAACAAAACCACACAGGUAUAAAGGCGUCCAUCUAAACCGUUUUAAAUCUUUAAAACAUCUAAAGAAAAUCUGAGUCUGGAGAAAAUGUUUAAUAGUUGAUGUCUCAGUUCAUGGUUGAAAACAUGCAAAGAAGGAAGGUUUAGAAAUCACCAAGGCUUCCUGCUCCGUCAUCACCUUCAUCUUAGAGGAUUAUUAAACUGUCCAGGCUAGAACUUUGCUCCAUUAGUUGAUGGGGUUGCUGGUUCUCUGCGUGCUGCCUUAGACAACGCCGCCCCUUUGAAAAAGAAAACUGUUAAAAAUAGAAAGCUUGCUCCUUGGUUUAAUGUAGAGCUGCGCACUUUGAAGCAAAAUGCUAGGAAACUGGAGAGAAAAUAUCACUCCACAGGCCUGCGGGUAUCCUACUGUUAAAUAUGGAAGUUCGGUCCCCCUGAAGGCGGCUGCGCAUCGGAACUUCCCUUCCGGUACUUUUCCUGGGAGCAAGUUAUUUACUACUCUUAACUCAAACUGGGUAAAACUAUAUAAAAAAGGGCUAUAAAACAAGAGUAAAAAAGUAACAGCGUUUAUUCCAGGUCGGGUCGUUACAGGACAGAGAAAUUGCUUGGAGCUGGUACAGCUGGGGGCUCAAAAAACGUCAGCGAGCGUCCAGCAAAGAUUGAGCCCCGGCCAAGGUCAUCCUCCUUCUUAUAGCCCAUGCGUCCGUGUUUUGCAUCAGGUGGAUGCUCAGCUGUCCGUAUCAGAAACUGACACGCCAUCUAUGCCCUGACCUUUAUGCAUCUUGCCUCUUUACCCCAGGAUUACACAUAGCUCUCCUUUAUCAGUCCGGUUACAAGAUGUGCCCAUAGCCUGUGUAUUUUUUAAAGACACUAAGGCUGUCCUGAUUAGAUGACCUCCGUACACACAGUGACAUCCACCAUGUCAAGGAAGGCCUUCUACUCUGUCUAAUCUGACUAACAGAAUAACAAU